GAAACUACCACUUGUUCUCCUUCACUGGGAAUGUCACCACGAGGCUGAACACAUGUACUUACUUUUCUUCUUUGCCUAAGUGUCCAGCCAGAAUGAAGACUCUGCUGCUUGUAUGUUGUCUUGUAUCCUUACCAGCUCUCAUCAUAGCAGAGGAACAAAAAGCGGGAAUAGGGCCCAAAACAAAGAAGCACAAGGCACCAAAGUUCAAGGAGGAGGACAAUGUUCUUGUACUUACAGGCUCCAACUUCUCUAGGGCACUCAAGGAAAAUAAGUAUUUGUUGGUCAAAUUCUAUGUUGCUUUGUCUGCACCAUCACAGACAGUGAAAGAAGAGUUCUCAAUAGCUGCUGGACAGCUCAAGAGAGAAAAAUCUGAAGUUAAGCUUGGCCAAGUUGACAUCACUCAGGAAAAAAAUCUUGGUAAAGAAUUUAAAAUCCAAGAUUUCCCAACAUUCAAACUGUUUAUUAAUGGUGACAGGAAACAGCCUAUAGACUGCAAAGGUGUCAGAACAGGCGCAGCCUUUGUGACGUGGAUAAACAGAAGAAUUGGACAUAGUUUUGUGUUACUCAACACUACUGAACAGUAUGAAUCUUUUAUUCAGUCAGAUACAGUUAGUGUGGUUGGAUUUUUUAAGGAUCUGAACAGUAAUCUGAUACAGCAUUUCACAGAAGCAGCCAAAGAUGUCUCUGAGUUUCCUUUUGGAUUUGUUAGUAAUGAAGACAUUUUGUCAUACGUUGGCAUUACAGGGAACAUGGUUGCUAUACAUAAAAAGGAAAAACCUGUCCGUUAUUUAUUAUCAGAAGAGGAAAUUAAAAGCAAACUGGACCUAAUUCGAUCAAUAAGAAUUUACAUCAUGGAUGUUGUAACAGAGUAUAACUUGGAGACAUCUGUGACUAUAUUUGAUGCUCCUGUUAAUAAUCACAUUCUGCUCUUCACAUCAAAAACAUCAGAAAACUUUAAUCCAAUAUAUGAAAGUUUUGAAUCCGCUGCUUUAGAAUUUAGAGGACAGAUCAUUUUUAUUUUGGUCGACACGGAUGAAACUCGUAACGGUCGGCUCUUUGAAUAUUUCCGCAUCACAGAAGUUGACACUCCAGCAAUUCGUAUUCUAAACAUAACAAGUGAUACCAAAUACAGAAUGCCCGCUGAUGAUGUAACCUUUGAAAAUGUUAGAAGUUUCUGUCAAAGUUAUUUGGAUGGAAAAGCCAAGCUGCAAACAAAUAGUGAAGAGAUCCCCAGCGACUGGGACAAACAUCCUGUUAAAGUGCUGGUUGGGAAGAAUUUCAACAAAGUUGCUUUCAAUAAAUCAAAUGAUGCCUUUGUCAUGUUUUAUGCUCCCUGGAACAAGGAAUCUCAAGAGCUAUUACCAGUGUGGGAGGAAUUAGGAAAAAGAUAUAUGAAUAAUACAAAUGUGACAAUUGCUAAAAUAGAUUGUACGGCCAAUGACAUUCAGCUUAUAGUGCUGGAUCGCUACCCCUAUGUCCGUUUCUUCCCUGCAGGAUCAGAUAACAGGUCUGUGCGCUAUACAGGAGACAAAACAAUCACGGCAUUCACAGAGUUCUUAGAAAAUGAACUCAGGUCAUCAAACACCAAGGAGGAGGACUCUUCAGAAACAAGCAGCGAUGAUGAUGCAAAGAAGAUUAAGGAAGAGUUGUAGCUGUGUAUCUGUUUUCCUAAUGCCCCAAUUUAUUUUAAGAUUCAAACU